CUACGUCACUCCAAACAGCCAAUCGGCGAACUUUACGUCAUCACCCACUGCCGCUCUUACUAGUCAUGUGACACUGUUGGCGUUCUAAGCUUACUGUAACUAUGGAAACCUGAAGACGCUUCCGUUGACACUGGAGCAUGUCGGGAUUUGUAGUCCAGUUGUGCUUCCGCCGCUAUCUGAGGGAGGGAAGACGGUGGAUUGGAAGAACUACAGUUCCCGGCAUUAUUCGGUGUCUCCUCACCUCUGCCGGCAGCCGGACUUUGACUCUGACAAUGUGGAGCACUGGAUUAAGAGGGUGGAGCAGGCCUCCGAAUUUGCCGUAUCUGAAGUUUUCUCUCGCAAGAAGCUCGCACCGCGCCCGCACAGACCCCCACAGCCGGCACUCACCCUGCAGUCAGUGGAUCAGCUGCACGACCACGACGACGCUUACAGUGAAGGAUCUGCUGAGUGAGUGGCUGAGCAAUAAGCUGAACCUGGAGCUGGUGAGCGAUGAGGACAAUGAGCCUGAAGGGGGCGUUAUCGAGCCGGCAAAACCGCCCCCUCCGGAGUUCACCAAGUACAGCAGGUUUGACGAUCUUUACAAUUAUCUGGAGAAGGAGACGGAGAGCGAGAACACUCAGGAUUUCCUGCAGAACCUUCUAGAGAAGGAAGUGGUGGAUUCUGGGAUACUCGAAAGCCUCAGGAGCGAGACGAGUCCUAGAAAACGGAGGGACCCAAGAGUCACCAUGGAAGUGCGACACCAACAGGUAAAGGAGAACCGGGCGCAGCGGCAGCAGGAGGCGGCGAGGCGGAGGCAGGAGCUCGCCCUGAAGAAGUCGGCUCUGGCGGAGGCUCAGAUGUUGGUGCAGGAGGAGAACAGGCAGAAAACUCUGAAGACUAAGAAGGAAGAGGAGGAGAUCCAGCGGGAGAUGGUGAAACUGCGCAAAGAGAUGAGCGAGCGCAAGAGACUGAUGGAGGAGGCGAGGAGAGCAGAAUGGAAGAGACAGGAAGUGGAGAAGAAGAAGAAGGAGGUGACGCCGAUUCAGCGAACGUCUCGGGAAGAUGAGGAGGAGGCGAGAAGACGCGAGAAACGCGACAAAAUCGAGGAGAUGCUGCACCAGAUCUACGCAGAGAACCACAGGCGUCUUCACAAACACUUCUCCAUCUGGUACAAGCUGGUGCUGGAGCGCAGGGUGAAGACGGGGAAGGCGCGCGCCCUGGCGGACUGGAGGCUACAGCUGAGGACCUUCCGGGCCUGGAGGGACCACGUGUGGUCGGGAAAGAUGGAGCAAGAGACCCAGCAAAUGGAGAAGGAGCUGAGGGAUCAGAACAGGAAACAGCAGGCGGCUGCGGAGUGUUACCACAAACGCCUCCUGCGCCGCUGCCUGGUAGAGUGGCAGCUCUGGUGCCGCAGCGAGAAAGAGAAGCAACAGCUGGAGGCUCGAAAAGAGGAGACGAAGAGGAAGAUGGCCGCUCUCCUGGAUGCAGCCUCGUCUGUUGGGGGCAGCAAAUGGAGCAGUGAAGGUCAGGGGGAGGCGACUAUCGGGAGCCACGAGACUGCAGGACCAAAGGUAGAACAGAACAAAUGCGCUAAGACCGACCCCCCAGUCACCCCCCACCAGAAGACGGCGGAGACUCCCCCGGCCGGUCCCAGGCACGCCUGGCAGGUGACACCUCAGCACGCCUCCCUCACCCCUGAAGAGCUGGAGCGGCAUCGUCUACAGCCUCGUAGUGCCCCCCAGGGCUCCGCCCACCCCAGGAGGAUCCCCCCCUAUGGGGAGAACUUUGAGAACCGUCAUGUCUUCCAGCAGAAGCUUAUCGAGGAGCAGAGGCGGCAGCUGCAGGAGCAGAAGGAGAUGAUCCUGGGCCUGAUGGAGAACCAGAAACUGAUGAUCACCCGUCAGGAAGCCAAGAACGCCAGCGCCGUGACCGCAGAGCUGACCACCCCUGCCAGGGUCACCCACAGGAGCGGGAGUGACCCCAAUACCAAGGGCUCCUCCAUACAGGAGACUCCUCACAGAUUGCCGCUUUCGUCUACACGAUCGGACCGCCCCAACAAAAGCCCCGCCCACAGCGAAGUAUCCACAUCCAGAGGAACUGGUGGAACCUCUACUCCUCAUCCUGCGGUCAUAGCGAUGGAGGAGAGAGCAGCGCAGCGCGCAGAGAGGAGGCGCCUAAUGGAGGAAAUGAGGAGGAAGCGGGAGGAGGACAAACUGGCGCAGCUACGGGCAGCAGAGGAGCAGAGGCUGCACAUGGAGUUAGCAGAGAAGGAGGCUCAGCUGGAAAAGAAGAGGGAGGAGAAGAGGCUGCAGAGACAGAAAGAAGAGGAGAAGCAGAGGAGGCUGCAGAGAGAGCAAGAGAUGCUGGAGAGGGCGAAGCUGCACAAUGAGCGGAGGCUGCUGAGGGUCCGGGGCCUGGAACCAUGGAAGAAGCUGCUGGAACAGUGCAGGCACAAUAUGGAGGGGGCAGCCUCUCACCACUGUCGGGGUCUCCUGAGUCGCGGCUUUUUGUGUUGGUCUCAAGCAGUGAGAAUGAUGGUGUCUGAGAAGAUCCGGAGGGCAGAACAGCUUUAUACCACUUUACUAUUAAGGAGAACCUUCCAGCACUGGCUCCGGUAUAAGGAUUACCUGUCCAUCCAGGAGGAGAGGGCGGCGCGGCGCCACAAGGCGAAUCUACAGAGAAGGACGUUCAUGGCCUGGCUGGAUGUGACGCAGGAAGAGAAGAUGGCCGCGUGGGACAAGCAGAGGACGGCAGCCGAGCACAACCAGAGGAGGAUCCUCCUGAGCGCGCUCAGAACAUGGAGGCGAUUCCCCAAGGUGAUGAAGGACCUAAGAUUACAGCAGGAGCGAAGAGACAUACUGAGGAAGAAGGUGGCCGAGAUCCUGCCAGACUUCGGGAUCAGUCCGGACAAUAGAGAGAUGUGAGAGAAGGAUCAUCACCCCCGUCGUCUGCAGCAGACGUGCCAUCACCCCCGUCGUCUGCUGCAGACGUGCCAUCACCCCCGUCGUCUGCUGCAGACGUGCCAUCACCCCCGUCGUCUGCAUCAGGAGCGCCAUCACCCCCGUCGUCUG